CUUACUGAAGCAUCACUCAGAAUCUCUCUUUCAUCAUUCACUUCUCUUUCUCUAUAUAUUGACAUAUAAAAUAAAUAUUUAUCCCCAAACACAGAUUACCGUCUCUGUUACGCCACUCUCAAAUCAACACCACCUCCUUCACUGACACCAACCCGACGAACCCUAAUCAACAGAGAACUGUGAUGGCUUCAAAACGGAUUAACAAGGAAUUGAAGGACUUGCAGCGUGACCCUCCAGCAUCAUGCAGUGCUGGUCCAGUUGCUGAUGACAUGUUCCAUUGGCAAGCAACAAUCAUGGGCCCGGCUGAUAGCCCAUUUACUGGUGGUGUGUUUCUUGUAUCAAUUCACUUUCCACCAGACUAUCCAUUCAAGCCACCCAAGGUUUCCUUCCGUACAAAGGUUUUCCAUCCCAACAUCAACAGCAACGGAAGCAUUUGCCUUGACAUUCUCAAAGAGCAGUGGAGUCCUGCCCUUACCAUAUCUAAGGUUCUUCUGUCAAUCUGCUCACUCCUGACUGAUCCAAACCCAGAUGAUCCGCUGGUGCCUGAGAUUGCUCACAUGUACAAGAUGGAUAGAGCAAAAUAUGAGACUACUGCUCGAUCCUGGACACAGAAAUAUGCCAUGGGUUAGGAUCAACGCCUCCGCGGACAUCAUGUGCUUUGUCCUAUUAGUAAAUAAUAGAAACUUCUGGUUCAGCUUUGUUGUCUUUGUUUUCAAUCAUGGUAUGGGAGUUAUCUCAGAAUGAGACAUCAAACAGUGGUACCCUGAAUAUGCAAAGCCUUUAGUGAAAGAAAAAAAAGCAGAUCCGGUGUUUUUUUCUUUUUUUUAUCUAUACUCGAUAUAUUUGGCAUUCACUAGUGAAUAAAUUGGUGCAUUAGAAUCUCUAA